AGAAGAGAUAUAGAGGAGGACAUUUCUGUAACAUGUGAGUUGUGUGGGGAAGUCACCGUGGCAUUCAAUAGACACAUGAGGUCCAAGCAUCCUGGCUGUGGAGGAAGCUGUGAUAACCAUGGUUACAGGAGCACAGGAAGUUACUGUGGAGGUUGGUUUGGAGGUCAGUGUGGCACAGGUCACCCAUUCUACCUCAUGUGUCCAAGUUGUAGACAACAGUAUAUGAAUCAACCAAGCACACCAGUUAGAGGAUUAGACAACUGUCAGAAUGAGAUGUCUACCAAGCCAACAGAGUUUCAGGAUAAUGAUGAAUCACUACCUUUAACAGAGGGCAGCACAUACAUGAGAGAGAUUGAGGGAUGGUUACCGUGCCUAGAUAAUCCAGAGAAACUAUACCAGUACCUCGGCUUGUCAGACAAGAAGCCUAUACCAGAUCCUGUCAAGUUUCAGCAAGCUGACCCACUGGGAGCUUCAUAUAUUUGUCCAGCUCAACAAGACAAAUUCUCCAAUAAUGAAGUAGGACAAGUUUUCAGAUCAUCCGCAAAAACUGAUGAAAAAACCCAGAAAAGUUUACCAGAGCAGAUCAUGAACUUUCAAACUAGUUUGGACAGACAGAUGGCUUUACAUCGUACAACAAUGGCAUCACAGAUAUCUAUAGCUAGAUCUGUUAUACUGCAGGCACUGGCUGUCCUGUCAGGGAGUGGAACAUCAUGCAGCCUCCCUGCAGCCCUGGAUAAGAUGGGAUUGUCGGACAUUAUGAUGAUAGUAAAGCUGAUGUGUUUAUGUGCCUCUGGAAAGAUAACUCCGUCAUGUGACUACGCCAUCGGAACUGGACAGACCAGUCUUAAUCAUCUUACAACAGCUAUAGGGUCACUAGUAACAGAGAAUACCAAAUCACAAAAUCAACUUCUUCAGUUGUGUACAAAGGAGUUACUAACUGCAGCUCUAGGUGUAGGGCCAACAAACGAGACAGCAGUCAGACAGAAGAAAACAUCAGUUCAUACAGUUAUUCCAAAGACAGACAAGUCAAUACUGUCUGUAACACAGUCAUUGGUGGCCCUUCUUGCGCUGUGUGGACUUAAAAACACUUCAAUGGUGGCUUCAGCUCAGACAACUGAUAAGAAUACUCAAGCUUCCCUGUCCGGACAGCACAGAGAAAGUACAGAUCAGACACCGGAAGAACGUCCACUAGGUAUAAUACAAAUGAUCGAUGCACUUUCUGCAUGUAUAUUGUCCGCAAAGGUAGAUCAUACUUACCGUCAGUGGGCCGGUAUCCAGCUUGUCAGAUGUAUUGCCUGGCAUAAGCCGGGUCCUACCACAAGCCAGUCACAGGUUGACCUUGGCCCAGAUUUGCCACCAUGUAUUGUCCGCAAGUUGGAGGCACAUCAGAACAGGCUGGCUGACUGUAGUUGGAAUGAGAAGAAAUCUCUGCUUGCAACAAGUGGCUAUGAUGGUGUUAUUCGAGUUUGGAAUAUUCCCAGUAAAACACACCAGAUUAUGCAGCAAACAUGUAUAUUCAACAGUGGAGAGGGUGUGACAGGUGAACACCUAGAUGGUCAGUUACUAGAUAACCUGUGCUGGAACAGCUCGGGAAAACUACUGGCAGGAUCUAUGGAUAAUAUGGUCAACAUCUGGGCUAUAGGGGGUGGACUUGGACAUUUAGAUAUACAGCCACAUUGGGUUUCAGCACUGGCUUGGUCCCAGUGCAAGCCAGUGUUUGGGGGUUGCCUAUGGUUGAACACUGACCGUUUGUUAGUUGGCCGGCUAGAUGGGUCUCUAGCUUUUAUAGAUAUACUGGACAGCACUACAUUCAGGAGACAGGAGUUACAGCAGUGCUAUAGACCUGAUGUUUCAGUAACAAAGAUUGCCUGGUAUGAGGAGACCAGGAGGUUUAUGGUGUGGGGUUCAUGGAUGGUGUUUAUAGAUCAAGUUGGAAAUUCUUUGGCAGUUUCUGACCAAUCAAAGAGUUCGGACCCAGUACUGUCAGCUAUCACUGGAAUGAAAUGGGAUCCUACAGGUCAUAUGUUGUUGACCUGUGCUAGAGGAGACUCACAUGUCAAAGUGUGGACACCUGGUCGUGAAGGUCUUAUUCUGUUGCAUACACUAUACCACACUGCAGCUGUCACUGUAGUAGAAUGGUGUACUUUACUUGGCAAGGGUGAAGCUAAAUCACUUAUGUUAGCAAGUGGUUGUGACAAUGGGAUGGUGUAUGUUGAAAGUGUACCACAAAUCACAACCAAUGAGAACCAGUUAACCCCUACAAGCUCAGCCUCUUUCACUAGUCAGGAUGGCAGUUUGAUGCAGGUAUAUAUAGGAACAGGUUCUGUACGUAGUCUAAGCUGGUAUGCCGACCAUGGCCUUGCUGCUUGCUUUAACAGGUCUAAGGAUGUAAUUUUACUCAGCUACCCCGAGGAGUUACAUCUGAAGCAUCAGGCAUUGACUACAGCAAGAACCAGUCUACGUGGCUGGGGAUUAAACUUACUACAGGCUCCUUGCUUCAAAACAUUCCUGCAAAACCUGCCAAGUUUGGUUCUGGAGCAGUAUAUGUGUGAAAAGCCUACUGUAAUGAGUGGAGAGCAGUUGAUACACAGUGAUUAUCUACAAAGUUUAUGUUCAUUUUGUGUGGCAUUGAGGUUAGACAACAUCUUGUGUUAUACUCCGUUACCACCACAUCAUAAACAUGAUUCAUUAGAACCAGGUCAGUUGUUGAUACCAGAGUGGCAAUGGUUGCUGACAUAUUCCUCCGCGUUGAAGACGUCAGCAUGUCUAAUGGAUGGUCAAGAUUUCCCUGAGACUUUCAAGCAGUUAAGCAGUGGAUUAUCACAGGAAAGUUUCUCCACUAAUGUUUUUGACAAUAAAGAAUGGAACUUGACGGCAGAUGGCGAGAUAAUGAGUUGGGCAACACAGAGUCCCGAGGACUGGCAGAUAGGGGGUAAAUGUGAGGCGUACAUGUGGGGAUAUGAGAGACACGGACAACUGUGUGAGGGAGGUAGAGUGGUUCUUACACCAGUCAAUGUAUCAGCUUAUUCCAUAGCACAACAGAUUAUCUGUGGACAGAACUGUACAUUUGUUAUACAAGCAAAUGGUACAGUGCUUGCAUGUGGAGAAGGAAGUUACGGUCGUCUUGGACAGGGAAAUUCUGAUGAUCUUAAAAAUCUCACUAUAUUGUCUUCUCUACAAGGUUUUGUUGUGACCCAGCUGGCUACAUCGGUUGGUUCUGAUGGUCACAGUCUAGCUCUCACAGAGAGUGGUGAGGUAUUUAGCUGGGGGGACGGAGACUAUGGUAAACUAGGUCAUGGGAACAGUGAUAGACAGAGACGGCCCCGUCAGAUUGAUUCCCUACAAGGGGAGGAAAUUAUACAAGUAUCGUGUGGUUUCAAGCAUAGUUCGGCAGUAACAGCGGAUGGUAAAUUAUACAUGUUUGGUAAUGGUGAUUAUGGUAGACUUGGUCUAGGAUCUACAGCUAACGUGAAACUCCCAACUAGAGUCUCUUCUUUAGAGGGAUACCAAGUUGGAUAUGUAUCAUGUGGUUUGAAUCAUACAUUAUGCCUGUCAGCUGAUGGCAGUAAUGUCUGGUCAUUUGGAGAUGGUGAUUACGGAAAGCUUGGUCUUGGCAACACAACACGAGUACUGGUCCCUACAAAGAUAGAGGCACUACAGGGGAUAACUAUGAAAAAAGUUCUGUGUGGAGCUCAGUUUUCUGUGGCACUGUCAAGAGAUGGGAGAGUUUACACUUGGGGUCAAGAUCGUCUUGUUGGACAGCCAGACAGCAGGUCUAGAAAUCACAUGAAGCCUCAGAAUGUACCCACACUUGCGAGUUAUUUCAUUGAGGAUAUAGCGGUAGGUGUGGACCACACACUGGCUCUUACAAGCUCAGGUGAUAUUUGGGCCUGGGGAAAUAAUUCAGAUGGUCAGCUUGGGCUCGGACACACAAAUUUUCCUGUUAGAGAACCCCAGUUAGUUCCAGGUCUUGUUGGCAAGGAUAUAAGACAGAUAUCAGCUGGUAAGAGUCAUUCAGCAGCUUGGACUUGUCCCCCACCACCACAAAGGCUACCGGGAAUCCCGGCACCUCUGUUACUUGGUAUCCCUGAGAACAUUCCACCCCAGUACUCUAACCUAUCUAGAUACUCUAUACACGAUAUAAAGGGACGACUUCGUCUCCUGCAUCAUUAUUCAGAUAUCAUUUAUUCUACAUGGCGUUUACUGUCUCUCACACGUCCUAAGGGGAAAAAAUGCCGUCCUGUGUACAGUCAAAUUUCUGGUCAAGUGAUAAGACUGAAACCUGAAGAUUUACGCUUGCCAGCGCGAGCCUGGAAGGUCAAAUUGCUAGGGGAAGGGGCUGAUGAUGCUGGGGGAGUUUUCGAUGACACGAUCACAGAAAUGUGUAUGGAGUUAGAGGCAGGUGUAAUACCACUGUUACUACCUACACCAAACAGUAGUACUGAUACUGGCAGUAAUCAAGACAGAUAUGUGUUAAACCCGAGCCUGAAAUCUGACGAGUAUAUUGGAAUGUUUAAGUUUCUGGGCGUGUUGUUUGGGGUGGCUAUACGUACAAAGAAGCCCCUCGAUCUUCACCUUGCCCCGUGUGUAUGGAAACUACUGGCUGGUAUACCUCUCAAAGUAGAAGAUAUAGAAGAGAUUGACUACAUGUAUAUACAGAGCUUGAAGGGUAUCCUUGAAAUACAAGACUCAGGUGUAAAUGAAACAAAUUUCCAUGAGUUUAUUCCCUUGGAUUGUUUUGAGGGUCAGUCACUGGAUGGUAGAAUGGUACCAGUUAUUCCAGGUGGCCGCAAUAUACCCCUAAACUUCCAUAACAGGCAGGAAUAUGUGGAGAAUGUGAUCAACUUUAAACUGCAUGAAAUGGAGGCCCAGGCUUCUCUGAUAAGAGAGGGUAUGUCCUGGAUCAUACCUGUACCAUUAUUGUCUCUACUAACAGCCAGAUCACUAGAACAGCUUGUCUGUGGUGUGGAACAUAUACAAGUAGAUGUCUUACAGAAAGUUGUUAGAUACAGGGGAAUAGAUGAACAGAACAAGAUGGUUAUUUGGUUUUGGAAAGUGCUGGAGUCAUUUAGUAACGAGGAGAGAAUACAGUUUCUACGUUUUGUGUCUGGGAGAACAAGAUUGCCAGUUAACCCAGCUGAUAUACCAAUGAGGUUUCAGAUCAUAAGUUCUGGCAGAGGUGAAGACAGUCUACCCACGUCACAGACAUGUUUCUUUCAACUACGACUACCUAACUACUCUAGUAUAGAGAUUCUAGCGGAGAAAUUACGUUACGCCAUCAACCACUGUAAAUCUAUAGACAUGGAUAAUUACAUGCUUAACAGAACAGAAGACGAGUUCACAACAGAUUUGUUCGGUUCAGACGAGGAUAACGAAGAUUGAAGGACCGGAAAAAUUCCGGUCAACACAACGUUAUUCAUACGACAGUGAAGGAUAAUCUGUCUUGUAAAUGUUUAUAUAGUGCCAUCCACAGAGUAGAUGAGAUUUUAUUAUAAUUGUAGUUUCAGCUUUGAUUUGAAGAACAUUCAAGAUUUGAGAUACAAAGUAAAGAUUGAUCAAAUUUCAAAAAAUCUCCAUUAAAACAUUAGCUAUUAUAUUCUUUUUCACAGGAGGCAAAAUAUUGGAAUUUAACUUUAUAUAUAGCCUAUUAUGUUUGAACUAGUGGUAUUUGUUGUUUGAGUAUAAUAAUAAUA